GGUAUGGGUUGACACCGACGGAAAGCAAGCUUGCCAACGCGUGGCCAUCUGUUAUUCAUAUGGCAGCUUGCUAUCAAGUUUAGAGAUGGCACACUUUUCACCUUCUAUUGUCGUGUAUGAUAUAGCUAGCUAUGUAGUUCCUAUAGCUAGUUAGUGCUUGGUAGUGUGUAACGUUACUGCUGUUGUUUUUUUGUCUGUAGUGAUUGUUUUAGCUAACUUAAGCUUGUUAGCUAACGUUAGGGGAAAUGGCAGAGUUACUGCAAAGAUGUAACGUUUUGAAAUUUGGUUGGCGACUCCUGAAGUCAAGUCACGCAGGAGCAGGCAAACAACUGUAUAUCUCAUCACAGAGUUCCAGCAAUGGCCACAACUUGUUCGGGCUUCUCUUCGACAUCGAUGGGGUGCUAGUGCGGGGCCGCACACCCAUCCCUGCAGCCAAACAGAUCUUUAGGAGCUUGGUGGACAGGAAGGGGAAGUACAAAGUGCCUGUGGUGUUUGUGACCAACGCAGGGAACUCUAUGAGGCAGACCAAAGCUGAACAACUGUCGCACCUGCUGGAAGUGGAGGUGUCUCCAGACCAGGUGAUGCUGUCCCACAGUCCUUUGCGUAUGUUCAGUCAGUAUCACAACAUGUGUGUUCUGGUGUCAGGACAGGGCCCAGUGCUGGAGGUGGCUCACAAUCUGGGAUUUCAGAAUGUUGUGACCAUAGACAUGCUGAGGGAUGCCUAUCCGCUUCAGGACAUGGUGGAUCACAACAGAAGACCCAAAGACAUGGUUCCACCAAGUAAAGAGUUACCCCCGAUAGAAGCCAUCAUUCUGUUUGGUGAGCCAGUCAGAUGGGAGACCAACCUCCAGCUAAUAAUGGAUGUGCUCUUAACCAAUGGGAAGCCUGGGAAUGCCCUGACAACACUGCAGUACCCUCACAUUCCAGUGCUGGCCUGUAACAUGGACCUGAUGUGGGUGGCUGAGGCCAAGAACCCCAGGUUUGGUCACGGCAUGUUUCUGGUGUGUCUGGAGAGUCUGUAUAAGAAGGUGACUGGUUGUGAGCUGAAGUAUGAAGCUCUGAUUGGAAAGCCCAGUGUGGUGACCUAUAACUAUGCUGAGCUGCUCAUCAGACAGCAGGCUGAGAGUCUGGGCUGGACUGAACCUGUGGAGAGACUCUACGCCAUUGGUGACAACCCCAUGGCAGACAUCUACGGUGCCAACCUCUACAACCGCUACCUACAGUCCUGCCACCGCACCCGAGCCCUGAUGCAGCUCGGAGGGGGGGAGCCUCAGAGCCAACCCCUGGAGGACCCCCACGAAAUGACCUGUGCUGAGAUGGGAGGAGUUACAGGGGUGUACGGGGGCGAGGAGCCCCUCCCUGUGGGGUGCAGCUCCAUCCUGGUGUGUACGGGGGUGUAUAGCCGGGACCAGCAGGAACUGCCCCCUGACCCCAGGCAUACUGUUACAGAGCAUCGGAUCUUCCACGGUCACAGGGACUUCCGCUUUGACCCCAACCUGACCCAGCCAUCCUUCAUGGUGCAGGAUGUGAAGGAGGCUGUGGAGCUGGUGUUCCAGCAGGAGGGAUGGCCUCUGGAGUAGGGGCCCAAGUCUCAAUACUGCUCUGUCCCCUGGUCACAGCACUGCUCUGUCCCCUGGUCACAGCACUGCUCUGUCCCCUGGUCACAGCACUGCUCUGUCCCCUGGUCACAGCACUGCUCUGUCCCCUGGUCACAGCACUGCUCUGUCCCCUGGUCACAGCACUGCUCUGUCCCCUGGUCACAGCACUGCUUGCCAAGUCGAUUAACAGCAGCUCAAUGUCUGGGUCUCUGAGGCUGUGUUUACACAGGCAGCCCAAUUCUGAUUUAUUUUCUUAUCUUUUUCAGAGCUGAUCGGAUUGGACAAAAGAGAAAUGAGUGUCAAGAAAAUCUAAAUGGUGCUGCCUGUGUAAACACAGCCUCUCUUUGGUUAGGACAGGGUCUAAUAGUUGACAUAGACCCCUCUGUGACCAAGAAACCUCUAAACAUCCUCCUCAACCGCCUCACUCGGCCAUGCUAGUACAGUCACUCAUACAGCGAAUUACAUCGCACGUCUAGAAUGUCUGCACAUUUACUGUACUGCCAUUGAGAUUUCCUUAACUUUUACAUUUCUGUUGCGUGUCCUGUUCUACGGAGUGUAGCAUGCUGACUAGACCUGCCAAGUUCCGUGCACGAGCAUUUCAAAAUAAAUGUAUGCAUGUUAUUCAAUCAUUUCAUCCAAACUGCACGCGGGUGUCUGCGUAGUCAGGUGCUAUGCAUAGAACUUUCAACUCACUGAAUGUGAGGUUAACUAGGUUUCCCCUUUUGUGUUUUAAUUUUCGACUUUUGUAUUUCAAAUGUGUCAAUUCUACAAUGAUCCACAAAAAAAAUACCUCGUUUAUUUUUGCGUAAACUAACCCAAUAUUUAUUUCCCAGAACAAAUUGGCUAGCGAAAUGUCUCAUGUGUUUCGACCUGUCCCCAAAUGAAUAAUUGAUUUUGGUAUUUUAAUCUGCGUGUCAUGAACGCGUCUGGUGGGGAGAAACAACAUCAACAUGUGCACGAUGAUGUAAUGCUGUCUGUUGUGGCUAUAAUAUUCUUAGUGGACUGAAUACAUAAAAUACACUGAUAGGCCAUUUUACUUUACUGUGCUGGGUUAGCUUUUACAAUAUAUUUAUCUGUCUGCCAUGCUAUCCAGACUUGUUACAGGAACAACUUCAUGCAAGUGACCAGUUUUAAGUCCAGGAAUGUUCUUUGAUGGACUCCACAAUUGAUGCAAGGCUAGUUGUUCCAUUUACCAUGAACUAAACAGGUGCAACAUAUCUGGCUGUGUUCAAGUAAGGUUUGGAGCGUCUUUCAAUAGCCAUUAGUAUGUGAAGGCAGGCCAUUGUGGGGAUGUAAAGCAUUUUGUGGUAUUUAAAAAUAUAUAUUUUUAUGUGAUUGUUAUGGAGUGUUUUAUGCAGGGAUGUCAACAUUUUUAGCUAUGUUCAAUUGGCCAAAGGUUCUGAGGGAAAGAUGUGACUGUGGAAUUGUCAUAAAUGCAACACUGUAUUUGACAAAUUGAAGGACAAUAAAGUGUUCAUUGAAACCA